AUGUCGACGUCCCCCGUACGCUGCUAUGAACGCGCCGACUCGUUUGGGUCCAACCUCGUCAUCUCGCCCGUGCCCGAGCUCUCGGACGCAGACGAGAAAGCGGCCGAUACGGCGCUCGUCGCGACGGCGUACCGGUACAAGAAGGCGACGAUCAUCGUCGCGACGUGCGUCGUCGGCCUCGUCGCUGGCGUUACGAUUGCGGCUUUUGCAUCGAGCGGCGGGAAGGAUGCCAGUCUCGGCGCGGGCACUCCUGUUAUCUUGUAG